AUGGCCGACACACCUAUCAAGCGUCGUCGGGGAAAUGCAAAGAGCCGGGGAGGGUGCUCAAGAUGCAAAUCCCAGCACUUGAAGUGCGACGAGCAGAAACCAAGUUGUGGGCGAUGCACUCGACUUGGUGUUCGAUGUCCAGGUUACGUUCAGCAGCUUAAAUGGUUGACGAAGCAUGAACACAACGAAGGAGGCGUAAAGAAUACAGCUGAGCCGACACCUUCGAAUCUCUUGAGCGAAACAGUGCUGUCUCCUCUUCCGACAUUGGCCAGCCUCGACUGGCUGAGCCUGACGCCUCCUCUAGAGUCCCUGCACGAUCCACAACCUGACGACCCCGUGCUUGACGUUCCCGGCCCUUCAAACUGGUCAGCGACUGCGCAGCCUGCUCCGGUAGAGAUGAACUGGGAUCAGAACAUGCCCUUUACAAAUCUGGAGCAGAUCACAGAGGCACGUGAGUCGGAAGAAAAGCAGAUAUCUCGGCCGCGGAAACGAAGCCUGCUGCAAGCGCUACAGGGCAGUUCAGGAGACCUCAUUAUUCCACGGCCACAGCGCUCCUUGACCCAUGAAUCGACCGACCUCAUGUCUCACUAUUUUAAAGAAGUAACGCGAAUGUACGCGAUGUACGACGAUCAUCGAAACCCCUUCCGAUCCGUCGUAUCAAGUGUCUAUAGCCACUCGCUUGUGAUCAAUCUUGCAGCGCAGAGCAUGGCUGCGGCGUUUCUGGCAGCAGCACAUCCAAGAUUCAGCGCCAUCGGUCGGAGGCUUCGAGGGCAAGCCAUGGAGAUUGUGAGCAGCGAGGCAGUCCUUGAUCACCGAGCUCUCCUUGCAUUGAUGAUGUUCGGCCCCACUGGUAAUUGGCAUGACACUAGCGACCUUGGAGUUGGCUUCUACAAUCUGAUGCGGGAUCGAAUCGAUUCUAUGGCUCUGUCUGGAGAGCUCGCCCUGCACGAGAAAAGUAUAAACAGCUUCAACUUCUUCCGAGAGGCAAUGAUCCACUGGGAGAUGCUAUUGGUCUUCGCAGUAGACAGCGAUAGGAUGCGGCCAUGCAAAUCACCUAUCGGACCUGUCAUCGAACUGUCUCCAAACAAGCGUAUCCCGCAUCCUUGGACUGGGGUUGGUCGUGACAUAAUUCAAGUGUGUGCCGAUAUUGGCAGACUUGUUCGCAGUCACCGCGUCCGACACCAGACCCAGCAAUUCGUCACCCAAGCAUACAUUGCUAACAUGCGAGAUGACCUGGAAUCUGCGAGGGCUUUAGAGAGCCGGUUGCUAGCUUGCAAGACGCCAGACGCCGCUACGAUCCUAGAGCCCGAUGACCCAGGCACACCUGUCUGGCACAUGACGACUCUAGCCGAAGUGUACCGCUAUGCUGGCCUCUUGCAGCUCUAUCGUGUCUUCCCUGAUGCCUUGUUAGAGCGCUUGUGUAGCGAAGAACCUGACUCUCUAACGAUUUUGAGCGAAGAUGAUCGAGAGACCGAUCGAGGACGUUGCAAUCGAUGGCUGACCGCAUUCAGUCUCGAGGCUCUUCGUUUGUUGCAAACAAUCCCUCUGGAAUCGGGCACUCGUGACUUUCAACCUUUUCUACUCGUUGCGCUCUCCAGCGAACUGGUCUGCGAUCGGUGGCAAAUCUCUCCUGGUGCGAACUUUGAUGAUAUGGGCGGCAAGAAUAUGGACACGGAGUUCGUUGAAGUUUCCAUGAUGCGAAAAUUCGUUCUUGAUCGCCUGAUACACUGCUUGAGACUCCUUCCUCCAAAGCCAAUUCGCGUCGCUUUAGAUAUCGUCAAAGAGACUUGGCGUCGAACCGACAGUGGAUUACGAGAUGUCUACUGGCUGGAUGUGAUGAUGCAGAAUGGCUGGGAAACUAUACUAGCGUGAGCGAGGUCUUUCAGUCCAUUCUUCAAUGCGGAAUCUGCGAAUCUGCGACAUUCAGAACCAAUUGGGCACACUGGCGCUCAUAGCCAGAAACACGGCAGCCUGCACAGGGCGCAAUACCACUGUGCUUCAAAACUUUUGCGUAUGGCUAUUGUGGAUUCGCUCCGCCAUUCCAUUGCGCCCAAUCCUGGUCUCCGUUGACCUGCAGCCACCAAUCCGUCUGAGCAAUACUGUCAAAAUUCGCGCUCGCACUGUUGGGCACGUCGCUUGGGAAAGUGUCCCACAUCAGGUCAUCCCAAAACUCGUUCAUGUCAGCUUCCCAGUUGGGACUGCUUCCCCACCCAUUAUUCAUAAAGCUCACGAUGUCUGGACCAGCAUAGGGAAGACCAUUAGGAUAUUGAACAGGAACUUCAGCAGGCGGCUCUGCCGUGGGCUGCGCGGCAUAUGAGGACGUAUCCGGAUCGACCAUAGAAAUGCGUCCCUGGAACAUCUCUUGUUGCUGCUGAUGAUAUCGUGCGUUGUGCUCGGCAACAUAUUUUGUCGCAUCGUGCAGAUUUUGGACGACAUCUCUGCUCUUCUUGGCAGCGAUAGACCAGGGUUGCAUUCUGUCGAAGAAUGCUAUUGAUCUUUCGAUGUCACGGUGCCAUCGCUCGAUGUCGUCGUCGCUUCCAGGCGUCACUAAAGAGCUAUCGCUUCCUGGUGUACGCAAAGGACUUUCGCCGACUGUGGGAUUAGGAGG